GAGCGCUGCGCUAUUUUUUUAAAAUACAUUUUCUAAAGCGGUGGGAAUGACGUCAGUAGCAUGCGACAACUGUUUGAGACACACGAGCCAGGCAGCUUCAUCUCAAAAGGAGCUCUCAAACUCACUUUGCAAAGGUCCCAAUCGUGAGUCCAGAUGACGGCCUCCACUCAGAGGACGGUGUUGUCGCUCUACAUGCGGGUGUUUCGCAUUGCACGAACCUGGCAAGCCCAGAGUGGGGUGGCAAGUGACACGUUGGCCGAGAGGAAGUAUAUAAUUCAGGAGGCCCGCACUUUGUUCCGACAGAACCAGCAGAUGACCGAUCAAGAAUCAAUAAAGAAAUGUAUUGGGGAAUGUGAAGCAAGGAUAGAAAUAGGUCUACAUUACAGGAUCCCGUAUCCAAGGGCUACGUACCUGCCGCCACUGGGACUGGCCACUCAGAAAGGGAGGAAGCUGCGAGCACAGCAGCGCCUGAGGAAGCAGGCCAAGCCAAUUUAUUUGGAGUCACACGAGGAGACCUGAUGCUCGGUCCGCUCUUGCCGAGCUACCAGAGAACGGAACUCGAGGGUGGCGUCACCAGCCGAUCCUGCGGGGCUGAUGUGUCACUGGCGCUCGCGGACCAUGCGUUAUUCACGAUCAAGACACUUCCAGUAUAUGUUUGUUAUUAUCUUCAUCAUGCUGCGCCAUGUCAAGAACUAGUAUAUAUUCUAUAUUUGCAAUUAAUUUAUUAUUCUGUAUUUUAUAAUUUUUUUGUAAAGGCAGUAUUAAAUUGACUUGCGAGCGAGAA